AUUCGAACCGCGACGAACGCGCCACGCGAGACAGCUUCUCGACCAUUGUAUUAUAAAUAACCUAAAUUAAAAAAUAUAAUCAGUGCAACUUUUUUGAACAAUUGAUGUAUUUUUUGAUAUUUUUCCAGUGUAAUUUCAUUCAUAAUUCAGAGGGAAUUUGUGUUUAAAAUAGUUUGAAGUUUUAUAGUGAGUGGGAAGUGAACUUUGAAGCAAGCUUGUUUGGUUUGGAUUUCCAGACUACACUACCGGCAGGAUGGCGGGAAUGAACCUGCGACUAGCAUUCACGGUGAUAUCGUCUGCGUGCUGGUCGGCCUUCCAACACGGAUACAACACGGGCGUUCUCAAUGCUCCACAAGCUGUAAUGUCAGAAUGGUUACACAAGGAAGCGCUGUCUGGUACCAACACGACCUUACAGGCGAAGGACGACCCUAAAGUGACCACGGUGUGGGCCGUGGCCGUGGCCAUUUACUGCGUGGGCGGCAUGAUCGGCGGCGUGGUCACUGGCGUGGUCGCUGACCGGUUCGGCAGGAAAGGUGGCUUGCUUCUGAACAACAUUCUGGUUUUCAUAGCUGCCGCCCUGAUGGGGUCCGCCAAGACGGCUAACUCAGCUGAAAUGCUGAUUGCUGGCAGACUGGUGAUAGGUAUAAACAAUGGUUUGAACGCUGGGCUCGCGCCGAUGUACCUCGCCGAGAUAUCACCUACUUCCUUGAGAGGAUCGAUUGGCACAGUCUACCAGUUGGUGAUCACAAUCACUAUCCUGCUAUCACAAGUGCUGGGUCUGGGUUCGAUUCUCGGUUCGGCCGGGGGCUGGCCGUGGCUCCUAGCGGUCAUAGCUAUACCAGCCGCCAUUCAAUGUCUAACGCUGCCGCUGUGCCCGGAGUCACCCAAGUACCUGCUGCUUAACAGGGGCCAGGAGUUGCAUGCUCAGAGAGCUCUCAGUUGGUUGAGAGGCGACGUGCCCGUCCACGGGGAGAUGGAAGAAAUGCAUCAGGAAGCAGAAAAAAAUAAAGUCAGCAAAAAAGUAACGCUUCGCGAGCUAUUCGGCAACCGCCAGUUACGACAACCCCUGCUCAUCGCCAUGGUGGUGAUGGUCGCGCAGCAACUCUCCGGGAUCAACGCCGUCAUAUUCUUCUCCACGGACAUAUUCCGGGAUGCGAAGCUGAGCGACACUCAGGCGCAAUAUGCUACUUUAGGAAUGGGAGCAAUGAAUGUGGUGAUGACGGUGAUCAGUCUGUUCCUGGUGGAGAUAGCUGGUCGCAAAACGCUGCUGCUGACGGGCUUCUGCGGCAUGCUGGUGUGCACUGUCUCGCUUACCGUCGCGUUGCUAUAUACGGAGGUGGUGUGGGUGUCGUACUUGUGUAUCGCGCUGGUGAUCCUGUUCGUCGUUAUGUUCGCGGUGGGGCCCGGCUCCAUUCCGUGGUUCCUUGUCACAGAGCUGUUCAACCAGUCUUCGAGGCCAGCGGCGUCGGCCGUAGCAGUCACUGUCAACUGGACAGCCAACUUCAUCGUCGGACUCAGCUUUUUGCCGCUUUCGUUGCUCCUGAAGUCCAAUACAUUUCUGAUAUUCGCCGCUCUCGAGUUGAUAUUCAUAGUGUUCAUAUACUUUAAGGUGCCGGAGACGAAGGGCAAAUCGGUUGAAGAGAUCACAGCCAUGUUUAGACAACAUAUGUAGACUUACACCCAUUUUUCAAGUUUACUCAAAACUAAAACACUAAAUAACGGGUUCUUACCGCGUUUAAAGCAGGGAUAUGAGACCCCCGAUAUUUGUGUGAAGUGUCCGGGGGUACCUGAGCCGAUUGGUGGAAGUUUUGAGUAAACAUUGUUUUAAGUUUACGCGGUCAUUAUCAUAAUUAAAACACAUAAUAACGGAUUCUUACCGCGUUUAAAGCAGGGAUAUGAGACCCCCGAUAUUUCGACACUGUUGCAAGUGCCAUGAUCACGGGAUGACAGAUGAGAUUAAAGUGGAGUAGGUAGAUCCAUAAUUUUCUACGGGCAGACAACAAGCACCCAAAUCACCGAUAUCAAAUGCAUAAACAAGCGGCAAAGAAAGAGGGUAGACAGAUAUGUCUGCCCGUAGAAAAUUAUGGAUCUACCUCCUCCACUCCAAUCUCAUCAGUCAUCUCGUGAUUAUGGCACUUGCAACAGUGUCGAAAUAUCGGGAGUCUCAUAUCCCUGAUUUAAACGCGGUAAGAACCCGUUAUUAUGUGUUUUAAUUAUGAUAAUAACCGCGUAAACUUAAAACAAUGUUUACUCAAAACUUCCUCCAAUCGGCUCAGGUACCCCCGGACACUUCAUACAAAAUACCUCACAUCACACAGACACUACACAUUGACGUUAUCGUACACGCGCAUCUGUGUGUGUGACGUCUGACACCAUACGAUUCAAGUCUAAACUAUGUUCGAGGGGGUGAGGUAAACCUAGCUCAGCCGCUGGUGGGGAGCGGAGAGUUGCCGUUGGGGUUAAAAUGGCCACAUCGAAGCAAUAUUUCUAUUUCACAUUUGUUUGCAUUGCGCACUUACUUUUACAUGCGCAAAUCUGUUUAAUUUACAUACAAUUAAUGUUAAUUAACUGUGGAGUUUUUUUUUUAGUACAUAGUUAAGCAAUCAGUUUUAUACACUAAUGCUAUUUAUCUGUAAAUCUUCCUAAAAUAAAAAAAAUGACAAAUUGCAAUAUUGCUUUUUUAGAUGAAUUGCUUCGAUGUGGCCAUUUUAACCCCCCUGUACGUAGUCCAUUCAUAAUUCUAUGACACUGGUCAGUAAUUUUGUAAUUUAGGGCCGUUGGAGAAACUGAAGUUUCCUAGAGCCUUACACAAAUUUUCUAAUUUGAACACUCGACUUCACACUACACUCACACUUCAUCACUUCCUCUGCUCGACUCGGCCUCAGCUGAGCAUUUUGAUAUUUCAAGGUAACAUUUACGGCCUCGACUUGAGGACUUUACUCACUGGAGUCGAGCAUAUCAUACUGCCAACAUAAUAAUACGAAAAUAAUGACGUCAUUCCUUACUGGAGUCAACUCGAGUUAGUUAGCCGUAUAAGAACACAGGUUUUGAGCUGACUGAGGUCGCCUUAACUGAACACGGAUUCACAAAAAUGUUUAUUCGGUAGGUAACAUAGUUAAACUUUGAAUCGUCAUUUUUACAUAACAAACGUCUCAUCCGCCUAAAACUACUGCAGCUUCACAACCUGUUUCAAAAAGACGCUGCAAGAAUAACCUCGGCACAGGGCCCUACACAUUCUUUAACAUACACACACACACACACACAUAAACUCACGCCCGUUAUCCCUAAUGGGGUGGGCAGAGCCACAAGCAAUCAAAGACAACUUGCAGCCACUGUUGAUACGAUGUCGUAAGCUGGAUAUGAUGAACCUUAUGGUGAUAAGGGAUCAGCCUAUCGCCCAUAACAUUAGUCCAUCAUGUUAGAGGACACAAUCCCUCUGUCUUUAAAAAUAUACAUAAAAUACUGUUAUAUAAUUAUAAUAUGCAUUUAUUCAAACAAUUAAAAACAAAACAAACACAUCUUAUAAAUAAAACACCUCCUCCAACGCGUCACACCGAGGCAAGGUGCCCAACAGGCUGGCAGCAUUACCCCUCUGAAUCGCCAGGCUAAUUCAGUUAUAUAAUUUAGUAAUUUGGCUGCCCAAUUUCAGUUCCCAGACAGUUAAUCCCAUGCAUUUAUGUUUUCUACAUAACAUCUUAGAAUGCGGGUGUUAAUAUAAAAUGUAUGGCUAGGGUUAGUAAGGUCGUAUACAGAAAGCUGGAAACUUAUAAGCGCUUACCGACGCUUGACAGCGCUGGUCCGUUCUACAAAAAGAAAGCAGGUAGUCGCAGAUGUUUAUUAAUUUUAAAUGGCAGCGCCCAGCGCUGACCAGCGCUUGUUGAAGCUUGUCGGAACUUGUCAGCACCAUCAUCAUCAUCAUCAGCCCAUUAACGUCCCCACUACUGGGGCACGGGCCUUCCGUAUGGAUGGAUAGGGAGAUCGGGCCUUAAACCAUCACGCGGGCCCAGUGCGGAUUGAUGGUUAUUAACGACUGCUAAUGCAGCCGGGACCAACGGCUUAACGUGCCUUCCGAAGCACGGAGGAGCUCGAGAUGAAAACUUUUUUUUGUGGUCACCCAUCCUAUGACCGGCCUCUGCGAAAGUUGCUCUACUUCAACAAUCGCAGACCGAGCGCGUUAACCGCUGCGCCACCGAGCUCCCUCAGCACCAUUCAGUGCUUAUCAGCGCGCGUUCAUAUAUUUAUCUGCGCGGGUCACCAGCGCUGUCAAGCGCCGGUAAGCGCUUACAAGUUUCCAGCUUUCUUUCUGUAUACGGCCUAUGACAUUCUUGAACGAUCAAUCAUGAUGGUUGUAACAAAUAUACUCUUGUAGAUUCUUAAUUCAUUUCGUUCUGAUCGAAAUAAUUUAUUUUAGAUUUAAGUUUAGAUGUAGAAUCGACAAGUCUUUAGAUGUUAAACGCUUUUCUAAUUAGUAUUACUGGUUAAAUUAUUAUCAUGUGCUCAUCGGUGAAGGAAAACAUAAUCCCCCUAGCGUUAUCCUGUUUUUCACAGGGUCCGCUUACCUAACCUGAAGAUUUGACAGGCUUUUACAGAAGCGACAAAGGGGCUCAGCGGUGAUGGAAAACAUCGUGAGGAAACCCACAUUCCCGAGAAAUGCGUUUGGGAGGUAUGUGACCUACUCUGUGUUAGGCUGGUUUUCCCUUCGCGGGUUGGAAGGUCAGAGGCAG